AUUCCGUGUUCGCAUAUGUUUUUGAAAGGAGCGCAUAUCUGCGAGAAAUCAAAAGGUUCGGCUGAUGAGUAUAGUGGAAGUUCGGAUGAGCAAAAUGACAAUAAGGAGAGCAACAAUUUCGAGCACACAAUUUCAAUUGAGAUCGCUGGCUCAGACCCAGUCUAUAUAGUGCUGAAGAGUAGUGAGGAAAAGGAUAAGUGGCUGUAUUUUCUGAAGAAUGCAGCUGGAGAUGCGGCCAUUUGUGGAACACCUUUUGAAGUAUUAGUGCAACGAAUGAUGACUGAACACCGCAGUAACGGUUGGUUGGUUCUGUUUACUUGCCAUUUUUUGUGGGCACUGUGGUUCAUGGUUGAGACGCAUUCCGCUGACUGA